GGUCUGGCCGAGGGCGCGAUAGUGGAGUACAGUGAAGCUGCCGGGGACCUUGACUAUCGCCAAUUUGUUCAUAUGGUUGUAGAGGAGGUAUUUCAUGGUCAGAAGCUACCAUUUGAUCUGACCGAGUGGCUAAGGAUCAUCUCCCAGGGAGUGAACGCGUGUCAUGGCAGCCUGCUCUGCAGCCAUAUUGACCUGAUGGAGCCAUAUCAAGGAUACGGAAACUUUGUCUCAUUGUUUCAGCUAUUCUGGAAAGUCAAAGAUACCACUGGUGGAGAAGAUCUGCUAAACUCUCUGGGACAUUACAGGGGAUGGAAAUCUAAGGGCCUGCAAUGUUCAUUUCUUCAUGAUACAUUGACCUACGAGGAUGAAGCUGGCCAUAGUUUUGAAUAUGAAGAUGACAUCAGAGGACUUCUGAGAUUAUUGAUGAACUCCUUCUGUCACUCGGCAAAAAGCCACUGCAGGCUCGCUAUCUACCUGAUUAUGAAUGAGUCCCGCAGGUUGUUGUCUGAUCUUCAAAGGGCGCUGCACCAGGGUGGUUACCUUAGUCACCUGUCUGUGAAUUACAGUAUGUGA